GCGUCUCCUGUGCGGGCAGCGGAAGGAAGGGCCGUCGCGGAGGGAGGGGAGGCAGCGAGGGAGAAGAGCGGGCAUGAGCCAGAACGGAGGGGGGAACCCUUUCGAGGGAGACGCGGGGAAUCCCUUCCAGGAUCCGGGCAUAAUCCAGCACAGGCCAAAUACGGACUACGCUACCCUGGAUGUAUAUAAUCCUUUUGAUAGUUCGGGG